AUGCGCUGGCAAUCUGGAGAAGCUAGUCAGUGGACUACAGGAAUUUCUCCAAACCAAGCAAAAUGUCCACAAGGAGAUCAAGUCGAAGACGACGAACAUCUGCAAGGCCCUGAGACGGUUAAAAAAACUGGAUCAAGAUUGGCAGGAGAUCCAACAUCAACACGAUAUUUAUCAACCGGUAAGCGAGUAAAAAAUUGGUAUACUACCGAUCCUUGGACCAAAGGAACUCCAGCGUACAACGACAUGAGAGCUGUACGACGGGGUCACGUGAUUGUUCGCAGAAAAGCAAAUGCCAUGUCACCUGAAGAGCUGACCAAAGCUGCAACAAUAGAGAACUCAUUGUCACCUACAAGAGAUAUAGUAUUAGAAGAUUUUCGGUCAGGAUGUCCUGUUACUUUACCUGGACAAUGUCCUUUUGCAGAAAAGUCCAAAAGUUCCGUACAGUUUUUGAGAUUGCAUCAAUGCGAGAUGGCCUGCGCCCAAGGCGGGUUCUUUUGUUUAGUUGUUCUCCAUCCCGAAGCUCUAGGCAUCCAUGGUGUCACUGAUCAACAGCUUGAUGACUUUUCCUACCAAGUUAUUCAUUUUGACGAUGGGUUAUCCCAACAAGUUCCCAAAAGUUACCCAACUGGACAAACCAAUCAUCGAUUCAAUAACUGUAACAUUGGGUUUUCCCAGCAUGUUCCAAAAAACAUAACUCCAGAAUUCGAACAUAUGAUGAGAUGCUUAACUAUUGGCACUGGAUAUUUUCUCACAGAUAUUUCUUAUGAAGUGAGCCUGUUGUAUUUCGCGGAGUUGAUGGAUAUUGACAUGCCAAGGCUCCGUUCCUCACUCAGCUAUUCUGACUGGAUUAGACACAAGCUUGCCAAGUUUUUGAUGUACUAUGCAAUGCGCGUCCCACAAGUGAAGAAUUUCUUAAACUGGAAAUUUCACAGAGAUCUAAACAACGCGUUAAAUUUUUCUAGUGAAAAGCACGCAGAAUUACAAGAAAAAUCAGACAAAGUUAUGAAAUCUGCCAUUUCUAAGGAUAACAGCACAAUGAUUCUGUCUCAAAUUAAAGUUAAAAUUCCAUUAAAUUGGAAUGAGUUGAAUAGAAAAGAAAAAAGUGAAUUAGUACAUCAGUGGGCUCGAAACGCAUUUCCUAAAGUACCAGAAUCCUUAAUUACAUUGACAGUAGGCUUGACAGUUGAUGGCGACUCUGGAAGAUCUAUUGAUGAAGAACCGGAGUGGUUAGAUCGAGAAAAAUUUGCGCGGGGACAAAAGUUCGCGCAAGAAAAUCUGUUUGGGGUAUUUUUCUCUAUACUCUUCGCUUUGUUUGGACUCUAUUCCUUUGAAGAAGGUCUUAAUCCCUUGAUAAUAACAGGAAAGUCAUCGGAACCUUAUUCCGCAUUUAAAAGAAGCCAACGUGAAGGUAAAUUACUGGAAGUCAAGUUCCAGGAAAUAGUCAAAGAUCUUUGUUUUAAACACUUCAAGACUGCUUGCAUUUGCAAUUUCUGCAGAUACUUAUCAACUGGAGCACGGUUCAGAAAUUGGUACACUAGCGACCUCUGGACCAAAGGAACAUCUGCAUACAACGACAUUAGAACAGUUCGGCGAGUUCAUGAAAUUAUACGGAACAAAGUUACCGCCAUGACUGAAGAAGAAACGAACAAAGCAACGAAAAUUAAACAUCCUUGGUCUCCAACAAGAAAUACUUUGGUGGAAGACUUUAAAUCGGCUUGCCCUGCAGCUUCACCAGGACAGUGUCCUUUUACGAUGAAGGUUCCAGGUGUUAAUCUCAAAAAAAUGCAUCAAGGAGAGAUGGCUAUGACACAAGGCGGGUUUGUCGGCUUAGUAGUUCUCUUCCCUGAAGCUCUGGGCAUACAUGGCGCCACUGAUAAAGACCUUGAAGACUAUUUUUAUGUUUGGAGAUGUAUAGGUUAUCUUCUCGGCAUUGAAGAUGAGUUCAAUUUCUGCCGAGGAACUUGUGAAGAAAUCAAACAAAGAUCCAGAGAUUACUUGGACGCAUGGGUGAAACCUAACCUGCGUGACUUGACUUUAGAGUGGGAACACAUGAUGAGAGUUAUGAUUGCUGGCGCUGAAAAUUAUGCUGGUCCUGGUAGUUCUUUUGAAAGAAGUAUUUUUUACUUUGCCGAAUUGAUGGAUAUUGACAUGCCGCAGUUCCGCUCUUUACUCAGUUAUCGUGAUUGGAUUAGCCAUUAUUUUCUAAAGUUUAUGGUACACUACGCGAUGCGAUUUUCUGCAGUAAGAAAAUUCAUGAAUGCCAAAAUGAAUACAGUUAUGGACACAGCGUUGCAAUUUUCAAAUGAAAAGCAUGUCGAGUUACAAGAAAAAUCUUCAAAAUUGUUAGCUUCUGCGUUUCCUCACUUACCGGAAUCUUUGCUGUCAAUAACAAUUGGUUCGACUGUCGACGGAGACUCAGGAAUAUCUAUAGACGAAAUUCCUGAAUGGUUGGAUCGCAAAAAAUUUCUACGAGGUCAAAAAUUUGCUCAAGAUAAUCUUUUGGGAAUUAUGGCAACUGCGCUUCUGACUUUAAGCUGGUACACAAGCGAUCCAUGGACAAAGGGCACGCAUGCUUAUAAGGACAUGAAAAUAGUGCGACAAAUGCACGUUAUGAUUCGAAAUAAAUUACACGCAAUGUCUGAUGAAUCGAUAGACAAAGCUACGACUAUUAAAAAUUCUUGGUCGCCGACGAGAGAUAUUUUGUUGGAAGAUUUUCGAUCAGCGUGUCCUGUAGCUUUACCUGGACAGUGUCCGUUUUUGAUGGAAGCUUUGGGCUCCAUAAGACUCAAAAAACUUAAUCAGGGUGAAAUGGCUCUGACGCAAGGGUCGUUUGUUUGUUUAGUGGUUACUUUUCCCACCGCUUUUGGUAUUCAUGGUGCAACUGACGAAAAUCUAGAAAACUUUUGUUAUGUCUGGAAAGGCAUCGGCUAUCUUCUCGGUAUCGAAGAUGCGUUCAAUUUUUGUAAUGGAUCACUUGAAGAGAUAAAAAAACGUUCUGAAGACUAUUUGAAUGAGUGGGUAAAACCAAACCUACGUGACAUAUCCCCGGAAUGGGAACAUAUGAUCAGAUGUUUAUUCGAUGGUAUACAAUAUUUUAUUCCGGGAAUAUCUUAUGAAAUGAGUCUAUUGUAUGUCAUGGAAUUAAUGAACAUCGAUAUGCCGCGGUUACGUUCCACUCUUUCUAACAGCGAUUGGAUCAGAUUUUACUUGCUGAAGUAA